AUGGAAUCAAUAGAGAAGAAGCGGCCGAGCUCCAGCAUCUCACGAGAUGUCGAGCAAUCACUCAAGGCAUCCGUGGAUCCAGAUGCACUGAAGCUGGCGGAGAUGGGCUAUACACAAGACAUGAAGAGAAAAUACACUGUAUGGUCGGUCCUCGGUGUCGGUUUCUCUUUGACGAACUCAUGGUUCGGCAUAUCAGCAGCCUUGAUCACUGGUAUUAGUUCGGGAGGUCCACUUCUUAUCAUCUACGGAAUCAUUCUUAUAGCGCUGAUAUCGACAUGUGUUGGUAUUAGCCUGAGCGAGCUGGCAAGUGCAAUGCCAAAUGCAGGCGGACAGUACUUCUGGGCCGGUGAGCUGGCGCCGAAGAGAUUCAGGAGACUUGCAAGCUACAUGACGGGCUGGCUUGCGUGGUGGGGAGCCAUGUUCACGAGUGCGUCUGUGGCAUUGUCGAUGGGUAGUGCUAUCAUGGGAUGCUACCAACUAGGCCACCCAGACUUUGUAAUCGAAAGGUGGCACGUCUUCCUCACAUAUCAACUCGCUAAUAUCUUCUGCUUCUUCUUCAACUGCUACGGCAAAGCACUAUCAACAGUGGGAAAAACCACCCUAUGGGCCUCGCUUAUUUCCUUUGCGGCCAUCCUUAUUACCGUUCCAGCAGUCGCCCCAACGCACCAACAUGCCAAGUUUGUCUUCGCCACUUUCAUCAACACCACUGGCUGGCAACAGGGCGGUAUAGCCUUCAUCGUUGGCUUAGUGAACACAAACUGGGCCUUUGCUUGCCUUGACUGCGCAACUCAUCUUGCAGAGGAAGUCCAUCGCCCAGAGAAGAUGGUUCCCAUAGCUAUCAUGGGCACUGUGGGCAUUGGUUUUGUGACAAGUUGGUUCUUCUCUGUCGCAAUGUUCUUCUCGAUUGUUGGGGACUUUGCUGAGAUUGGACAAUCACUUACUGGAGUACCUAUUCUCGAAAUCUUCAACCGCGCAUUGGAAAGCAAGGCUGGAGCGACUGUACUCGAGGCUCUCAUUAUUGUUACUGGACUGGGCUGUCUGGUUGCAAGCCACACCUGGCAGAGCCGUCUUUGUUGGAGUUUUGCACGCGAUCGCGGAUUGCCUGCCCAUCAAUGGCUUUCCAAAGUCAACAAGGAGCUUGAUGUACCGCUAAACGCACACUUUGUUAGUUGUGUCAUUGUGGCUAUCGUGGGCUGCUUAUACAUGGCCUCGCUCACGGCUUUCAACUCUAUGAUUACAGCAUGCAUUGUCCUACUAUACCUCAGCUAUGCGGUACCCGUCGUUUGCCUCUUGAUCCGUGGACGCAACAACAUACCACAUGGUCCCUUCUGGCUCGGCCCCAUCGGCCUCUUUGCAAACGUAGUCCUGCUCGCUUGGACUCUGUUUACACUUGUCAUGUACUCGCUCCCGUACUCGAAGCCCGUUAAGGCUGGCAACAUGAAUUACGUGUGUGUAAUUUACGCCGUUGUUGCCUUUCUGGCCAACGUAGACUGGCUUGUCCGAGGCCGGAAGAGGUUUGUAGUGGCAAACGAGCGAAAAGAAGAAGGCGUUGGUCGAGCCUCGAGGAUCGUCGAUCUGCCUCAGCAGUAG